AUGCCUGUGCGUCUGCAUGGUAUUCGUCGAAUUCUACCAUCGAAUCUUUCUGCACAUCCCAAUGUAGGGGAUAUCGAGUCUAUAAGAGUUCUGAACGGCUGCGACAGAGAUGUGGACAACCCUUUCUCUCACACACUGGCACUUUUAACAACCGCUGAUGAUAUUGCAGCUAAAUCUCUCUUGAGAAGGCCGUUCAUUGAGGAUUUUGCUUCGGAAGAAUGUUCAAGAUUAAUAAAAUCAUGGUUAAACAAGUGCAUUCUUUGCCAUCCGAAUUGCACCAUUAAUUCCCCUGUGAUAUCUCGCCUACCAACUCGCGUCAUCAGAGUUGGUGCUCAUGAUGGGCUUGAGCCAGCACUUUUCACUCCACCGGCUGGUUACGAAGGCGCUUAUAUCGCCCUCAGUUACUGUUGGGGAAGGCGAAAAAACAUUCUUCUCACCAAGGAAAUGACAAAACUACCGAAUAUGAGCGUGAUAUUCCCUAUGCCUGUUCUACCUAAAACCUUGCAAGACGCGGUUCAGAUUACUCGAAAUCUUGGGUUCGAGUUCCUUUGGAUCGACUCUCUGUGUAUCAUUCAAGAAGGCGACGAUGGGGAAGACUUGAGACGUGAAUGUAUAACAAUGCACGAGGUGUAUGGGAGUGCUACCUUAACCAUUGCAGCCGCUACAGCUGGGUCUGUUUAUGAAGGAAUCUUUCAAUGCCCAAAGACAAAUCCAGAGAUGCAGUCAGAUUGUAUCAUUAAAUAUGACCUAGAGGACGGUUCUCUUGGUACUGCUAGUAUUGUAUUUGAGAACAAUCAGCAAGGCAAUGAUCGUAUCAAUGAACCCUUGAAUACUCGUGGAUGGACCUUUCAAGAGCGUGUCCUAUCACCAAGAACGAUUGUAUUCUACAAGGACCAAGUGGGGUGGGAUUGUGCCUCGAUACUGAUCAACUCGAAUGGACCAUUAAGUCCCCUUACCGGCCAUCACAAAGAUUCUCCCGGUCGUCUCUCAGAUUAUCUUACUAGUCAAAAGAUUACGAGAACUCGAGCCGCAUCUGAAAGCGAAGCAUGCAUGGACUAUUGGCGAAAAUCUGUCGAGUUCUAUUCUCGCCGAAACUUCACACAUGAUAGUGAUAAGUUGAGAGCUAUCUCUGGAUGUGCACAAUGGAUUAAAUCAAAGACAGGUGAUAAUUAUCUGGCAGGCUUGUGGGCUUCUGAUUUGAGAACACAAAUCUUCUGUAAACGGACGAAUUAA